CAUCACACUGACUACAUUUCCCAGAAGCCCUAGCAGCAGAGGCUGACAUAACUGAACAAGGUAAACAUGGCGGCUGUCGGACCUUUAGGUAGAAUUGCCAGAUUGAGCUCCAGCAUCUGUAGAAACCAUCGUUUGAUAUUCAACAGAAUCCCACAACGACGAGGGAUAGCUUCGUGUAUCGACCCUGCUCAUGGACUCACAGAUGAACAGAAGGAAUUUCAAAAAAUGGCCUUUGACUUUGCAGCCAAUGAAAUGGCUCCCCACAUGGCAGAGUGGGACCAGAAGGAAAUGUUUCCCGUUGACACCAUGCGAAAGGCCGCUCAGCUGGGGUUUGGUGGCAUCUACGUCCAGCCUGAGGUCGGAGGAUCAGGUCUCUCUAGACUGGACACGUCGGUAAUCUUCGAGGCUUUAUCCACAGGAUGUGUCAGCACCACGGCUUACAUCAGUAUACACAACAUGUGCGCCUGGAUGAUCGACACAUUUGGAAACACUGAGCAGAGGGAGAAGUUCUGUCCGGAGCUCUGUACAAUGGAAAAGUUUGCUUCCUAUUGUCUCACUGAACCAGGCAGUGGCAGUGACGCUGCUUCACUUCUUACCUCUGCUCAGAGAAAAGGUGACCACUACAUCCUCAAUGGUUCCAAGGCCUUUAUCAGCGGGGGAGGAGACACGGACGUCUACGUCGUGAUGUGCAGAACAGGAGCUAAAGGACCCAAAGGAAUCUCAUGUGUGGUGAUAGAAAAAGGAACCCCAGGCCUCAGCUUUGGCAAAAAAGAAAAGAAGGUUGGUUGGAACUCUCAGCCAACCAGAGCGGUGAUAUUUGAGGAUUGUGCCGUUCCGGUGGCCAACCUGCUCGGUGCGGAAGGACAAGGGUUCGGUAUCGCUAUGAAAGGCCUGAACGGUGGCAGAAUUAAUAUUGCAUCGUGUUCUCUGGGGGCGGCUCACGCCUCUGUGCUGUUAGCCAAGGAUCAUCUGUUAGUGCGCAAACAGUUUGGAGAGACGCUCUCCAACAAUCAGUUUCUUCAGUUCAAACUGGCAGAGAUGGCCACCAAGUUGGUCGCGUCUCGCCUUCUGGUGCGAGAAGCUGCGACAGCUCUGCAAGAGAGCCGACCUGAUGCAGUAUCGCUCUGCUCCAUGGCCAAACUCUUUGUUACAGAUGAGUGCUUCAACAUCUGUAACCAGGCUCUUCAGAUGCACGGUGGUUACGGUUACCUCAAAGAUUAUGCAGUGCAGCAGUUUGUACGAGACAUCAGAGUUCAUCAGAUCCUAGAGGGCACAAACGAGGUGAUGAGGAUGAUCAUUGCUCGUAAUCUGCUGUCAGAGUCCUGAUAUACCUUCUCCUCUGCAUCUUCAGUAGUGACCAUGUUGUUAUGGUCUUUUCUGGUUUGUUACUGUGUGACUUGUUUCCUGAAGUGGCCCCUGCAUCAAAGGCUCCUGCAUCAAAGGCUCACUCAAGGUGAUGAAACUCAUUGGAAAUUUUCGGGUAAACCACUCCGUUAAAUAUAGUUUUUUUUUCUGAUUUACAAAUAGGUAGUUUUUUUCAACUUUUAGUCACAUUGAUGUACGUCUCUAUCGUUUCAUCAGUCUGUCGUGGCACAGUGAUAAAAAAUCAGUAACAGCUGAUGCUACAAUAACUUGACAUACAGCACCACCUGCAGGUCCAGAUUACUACCUGGAAACACUUCUAUAAGUGCUGACUGAAUUUAUACACUUAUAUCUAGAAUUUGAUUAUUCAAGCACUGAUCUCUAACAGUUUUACAUUAAAAUGCCAUCAAGCACACCUGAAUGUGAUUAUAGGUAGAUAUCUAGCUUGUUAGCAUGCUAACAUGAGUUAACGAGUACGAAUUAAAGUAGAACCUAGGCAAAUGCAGUUAUUUGAUCACAAAACAGCGAAACAAAGAGGUGCAUAUGAAAUAAAAAUGGCAAAGCAAUAUCAACAUGUAUAACAUUUUUAAUGGCGUAUCGUUUUAUGGUGAAGGUUCAUAUCUGAAAUAUCUACAAAAUGUACCAUGAAACAAGUACUAUCACCGAACAACAUUUCACUGCUGCUAGAGGAGAUUAAAAUCUCAAAUGAAUUUUGUUGCACCAGAAGAUUUUUUGUAGCAUUGCCUCAAGCACUGGUAUUCAUCUGAAAGUACUUCAAUUUUCUUUGACUGCACAUCGCAAAAAAUAUUCCCCUGAUGCUGCUAGUGUGGAUAUGGUGAUAUAGUUUUCUUUCUAUAAAAGCUCUUCACUACUUAAGUUUCACAAAGUAUUGUGAAAGACGUUUGAAUCUUUUGAUUCAGAACAAACCUUAGUGUUAUCAAAUAAGGAGUACUUAUUCUAUGGUACAUCAAAUGCAGUCUCAGCUUCACUGUAACUAAAGUGUCCUUUCAGAUCAUAUUCAUGAUCCCGGUUACUGUACUGUUUCUUUACUGUGUGUUUUGUUGUAUGUAAAAUGAAUACAGAAAAACAUGCUGUGUGUACUACCACCCACCCACACACAUAAUGUAUCAUGGGUUAUGUUUUUGAUGAAUUGUCUGCUGAUCACACUCCAAAUAAAGUUAUCUCAGCUUUCAUAAAAACAA